CGCUGUAGCCACAGGGGCACACUGGAUCCUGGAGACUGCAGCGCUUUCCUCAAUGUCCGACUGCCAGUGGGGCGAACUUUGACCAACCACCAGUUAGCUAAAUUAUUUCGAAGCACUUACUGUCACUUUUGUUUUUAAAUAUAUAUAUAUGUGUGUGUUUUACAUGAAACGAGAUGUGGUUUAUUUAUUUACUAAGUUGGCUGUCGUUGGUGAUACAGAUAUCUUUCAUCACACUAGCAAUUGCUGCUGGCCUGUAUUAUUUGGCAGAACUAAUAGAAGAGUACACAGUUGCCACUAGUCGAAUAAUAAAGUACAUGAUACUGUUCUCUACAGGUGUUCUGACGGGCCUGUACCUGUUUGAGGGCUUCCCAUGGCUGAUGAUGGGCUGUGGUCUCUUCACCAACCUGGUGUACUUUGGCCUCCUGCAGACCUUCCCUUACAUACUGCUGAGCUCACCCAACUUCAUUCUCUCCUGUGUAUUGGUGGUGUUGAAUCACUACAUGGCUUUCCAGUACUUUGCUGAAGAGUAUUACCCCUUCUCAGAGGUCCUGGCGUACUUCACCAUCUGCCUGUGGAUCAUCCCCUUCUCCUUCUUUGUGUCGCUAUCGGCGGGGGAGAACGUGCUUCCGUCCACCGUGCAGCAAGGAGAUGACGUGGUCUCAAAUUACUUCACCAAGGGCAAGAGGGGCAAGAGGUCUGGCAUCCUGCUCAUCUUCUCUUUCCUCAAGGAGGCAGUGUUGCCUAGUCGACAGAAGAUGUACUGAGGCUCUACUCGGGGGGGUUGGGGUGGUCGGGGGGUGGUAGGGGUACAAGGGUAUAUUUGGGAAGGGACGAAAGGAGAGGUGGAAGAAGAGCUCAUCGUACCAGAGCAGACGAGAGCUUCCCGUUAUUGCGACGGACUAGCAGCAGUGUGUUUACAGAACUUGUCCAUCUCUCAUAGUCGCUCUCUUUCUCCCUCUAGCGCUGUCUGCAUCUGAAAUGGCACUCUGUUGCCUAUAUAGUGCACCAUAUAGUGAAUAGAGUAUCCAUGGAUGUCUGUGAUGAUGGUGACUGCAAACAAAGAACUGAAUGCCUCCCUGGCUCCUGUUCUCCAGCUACAGUAGGUGUCUCAAAUAGGCUCUCUUCUGCAUCAGAUUAUUCUGUUCUGUUUUUAAAAAAACAACUAAAACCAGUGUUUCUUAUUGGACAAGUUCAUGUUGUCCCCUCUGGGUUUUAGUCAGUUGGAGGUGGAGGGCAGGUUGAAGGGGGGGAAGAGGGCAACAGGGUUGGCGUGAAACGAGGCCUAGACCGGAUCACUUGUUUGCGUCCCAAAGGUCACCCUAUUCCCUACAUGGUGCAGAGUCCCAUGGGCCCUGGUAAAAAAAAUAGUGCCCUAUGAAGGGAAUAGGGUACCAUUUUGGGAAGCAGCCCUUGUGUUGUGUGCUGGGUCGCUAACUCCCUACUAGUAUGGGGUCGCCUACUAAGCCAAUGUUUGUACGUGGCCGCAUAGGAACAAAUGAGUUUUUCUUUUGUACCGUUCAACAAUCAUCAAUGACUCCAUGGCUCUCAAACUGCUCAUUCUCUUGAGCCAUUCAAAAGAAGAAAAAGAAAGCUUAAAUAAUAACAGUGAUUUUUCUUUUGUAUGUCAAUUGAUUUAAAAAAAAAAACAGAAGCAAACUAACAUGCCCACGAAUACUUAUGAAUCUGUGAUAAGGUAGUUGACGCGCAAUCAUUUUUGUACGCUUGUUAUGGGUGAAUCGGGUAAGUUUGGCGAGAGAAACUGCGAAAGUGAUGUGUAGCAUUGCUAUUAAAGAGGCUGUUAUAUGG